AUGGCACACCGCGCAAGCGCAUGGCUAGAAGACUACCGAGGGCGUGCAGAAUUUCUGGCUUAUGUGCCAAAGCUUACAGGCAAAUUCAAAUUUGCCACGAGCACAGAGUGCGACAAUUUCGAUGCGGCUGACCGCAGCCUUUCGAACAUUCUCGCCCGGCUUCCAGCCGAAAUCGACGAACGCAUCAUGAUCCAAGAAGGUCCACGUUGCCGUGCGUUCUUCCAGACUUUGCGGGAUCGUUUGCCGAAGGAGCUUCGUGAGAUGGUCUUUGAAAAUAUUUUCCAGGGCACGUAUGUCCUGUUGGAAGCAAAGGACGCCGAAAUCGAUAAUGGUGAAGCCGAUAACGAUGACGACAUUCCGGUCUGUGUGAAGGCAGACAUUGGAAGGCACUAUCCUUACAGCUACCUACUCAAGCCGGGAUAUAUACACGACUCUGCGAUAAGAACUGAGCUUAUCGAGGCAUGGUUCAGGACGUCAAACUUCAUCAUCACGGAUGCCGCACUCAUUCGCCCCUCUCUGGAGAAGUACCCAUGGAGCGCUGGUCUAGACCCAGUCCAACUCAUCAAACGGGUCGAACUGAAGACGAAGCCGCUGGAAGCCCCCUUGAUGCGCGAGGCCAUCUGCAAAGAUCUAGAGUCUCUCGAAUGUCUCAAGCCAGGCACAACCAUCACGAUUAUCGUGGAUUGGCCCCCUAGAUGGCCUUUUCUGCGGGAGAUCGAGAAUCGCGCAGCGUCUCUAUUCCCAGUAUCAUUGCGUAUGAUGGGUAUGGGAUACAAGAUGAUAGUUCAACCGUGGUGUUGCCGUAAGAUUGUGGUGGAACGAGGGAACCGCAGGGUGGAGGCAUGGUUGAGGGAGAAUGAGUGA